UUCAGAUAGCGAGAUUUUGUAAUUGGAGAAAAAAGAGAUCCAUGUUUAUAUAGCGUACAAAGAUUCAACAAAAUGUCACAAUUAUAUGGAGCUUAUUUUCUUUGUUUACUUAUUUUGUGUGGUUGUCUUAUACUUUUGCAUUUACAGCAUUUUAAUUUUGCUAAUGAUUUGACAAUCAAUGUUCCGUUAAACCAUAGGAUAGUUAAAGAAAUAGUGAGCACAACAACACAGUUUUAUGACAUUAAAUCAUUGGCUGAAAACAGACAAAUUAGCUAUAAUGGAAACACAAGUUGCGUUGAAAGAAAAGUUUCCUUAUCAGAAAUAGCACUUCCAUUGACGGGGUUGAUCAGUUUUCCAGGAUCAGGAAAUACCUGGACACGACAUCUUAUACAGCAAAUGACAGGUAUUGGUACUUCAAGUGUAUAUUGUGACAAAAAAUUGAAGAAAGCCGGCUUUCCGUUCGAAUGCUCUCACGAACUUUUUAACAGAACCAUUGUCAUAAAGUCGCACAGACCAAAGGAUAUUUCACGGUUCACAAAAAUUAUUUUGUUGAUCAGAAAUCCGUAUGAUGCACUGUUGUCUUAUUCAAAGUUUCGGUUAUCAGGGCAUGUUAAACAUCCAUCUAUAGAAAGACUGAAAACAGAAAUUGAUAACAAUUCAGCACAGUUAUUAGAACGGUAUGCAGCAAUAGUGACAGAGAUAACUAAACAUUUCAAGGGACCAGUGUAUGUUCUUCAAUAUGAGAAUCUCAAAUCAAACAUGUUGGAUGAGUUGACUAAACUUUCAAAGUUCCUGAAAACAAACCAGACUUACAACGACUUACGCUGUACUGUCAAACUUCAGGAAGGAAAUUUUCAUCGCAAUACAUCUGACCAGGAGCAUAUUAAAUUGUUAAAACUCCUUUAUCAAAACAGCAUAUUAUUAAAGAUACAGGAAAAAGCAAAGUUUGUGGAAGACGAAAUAAAGAAAGCUUACGAUUUAGAUAUUGAUCUGAGAGGCCUGGAAUAUAAACUAUUUGAAACAGAAAUCCAAUGAUUUAUAUUAAAAUUAACAACAAACGUUGGCUGGUUGAUGUUGAAAAAUUUUUUUAUAGUUAGUAUCAUUAUAAAAUAGUGACAAUAAUUGAGUACGUAUUGUAAGCGGAAACAAUGAUGAUUUGUCUUUCAGAGCUCACUAACAAUAAUACCAUCUCGAUGUGUUAGACGAAUCUUUCAUGAUAAUUAUUAUACGUAAUCGUAAAUAUGAUUGAAAACAAUUUUAGCUUCACUAGGCAGAAUUAAAGUGAUAGAUAUCCCUAUUUUUUUAUUUGAAAAUGUAAAAAGAAUGAGGGACUGUACGUAGUACAUAAAAUACAGGGUAUUCUCAUUUGACCGAAACAGGACACUAGUGACGAGAUAACAGAAAUGUUGUUUUAGAGGUUAGCUCACAGGUACUAUAUGUAAUUGUCAGGUACCAUAUGUAACAUCUGUUUCUUAUUUCUGAAAAUGAGCCCUUCUAAUUCAGAAAAGGACUUAAAGUAAAAAAAAAGUAUGGUAAAUGUUGUUUAAUGUUGCCAGCAGAUGUCCUUAAAUUCAUAGCCUCAGCCAUACUGUCGAUGUUUUCUAUUUGCAAUAUUACCCAUAUAGGAAAUAAUCCCUGAUCUUGUUUUCUAUGCAUUAUUUUUCAUUAGUUAUAGCCCAUAAAUAUAUUUUUGUGAAUUGUUUUUACAUAAAACAUAGAGUAUUCAGCUGCUGAACCUGUCACCUGAUCUUCAACAAUUACAAUACUACCGAUAGAGCCGACACGUGUUUAUUACCGUGUUUGCUAACCAUUGAACGUGUUAUUUAAAAUGGUAACAUAUGUUGAUGACCAUUUAGUAUGCCUGUCAAUUACCCAUUCAAAUAUAAAUCCAUACCAUACCUCCUUACAGUUUAGUUAAGUAAUUUACUGGCCCUGCUUCUUGACAAUACUAAUGGUCUUUUAGAUGAGGUCCCAUAUAUCGGUGUAUUACACCGGGCAUGUAAAAAAGUAGGGUCGCCUUUGGUAUAGGGCAGUUGCUGUAACAUGCAUUACCCCGAAACGGACAACUAACCUUUUCCGGAGCGUAGCAAACUUGGCAACCGACCGCGGCAAGCACAAAGUUUUACAAUCAUAAGUCGACCAUCCAAAGUCAAAUAACAAGCUUAUUAAUCAUAGGACCCCAUAAAGAGUUAAACACCUUAUUGUCUGACCAUUCACAGCACAGCAUACACGUCUUUGAAGGUGAAAAUGUCGCAUCAUAUCUAGACAAAAUAACUGCAGCGGUACUUUAUAUAUACAUGUUACACUUUAUUUAAUCAUCAACUAUAAUAAAGCUUUUUGGAAGCCAUAGUAAAUUGUUGUGAUACUAAGUACCAUGUAUUCUUCAUAUACAAUAAUAGACCUAUUUUCAGUUGUGGAAAGUUUGAGAAUAUGCUGUUCAUCCGAUUAGCGACAAUAAAUGAGCCGUGCCAUGACAAAACCAGCAUAAUGCGUUUGCGACCAGCAUGGAUCCAGACCAGCCUGCGCAUUCGCGCUUCUGAUCAGGAUCCAUGCUGUUCGCUAUCAGUUUCUCUACUUGUUAUAGGGUUUGUAAGCGAACAGCAUGGAUACGGAUGCGCAGACUGGUAUAGAUCCAUGCUGGUCGCAAACCCAUUAUGUUGGUUUUGUUAUGACGUGGCUCAAUUAUGUUAAUAAUGAUUAUUUAUAUAUAUGACUUAACACGCGAGAUAUUGUUAAUGAUUGGUUAAUUCGUUUAUUCAUUUACAUUGAGAACAUAUUUCAAAGAAUUAUUUUUGUUUUGACUGAGUAUAACAGAUGUGUAUUUCACGAACACGGGCGAUAUAAAUGCAGUUAAUGAUGCUCUCUUAACAGCAAAUAAUUCAUGAUAUUUAUUGAAUAUUCCGUUGUUUGAAAAUGAUACAUUAAAGAAGAGGGAAAAUUAAGUGUAUAGACAUGAGGCGGUUACUUCUAGUAAAAGUAUUUCACUGUGUAUUUGUAUUUAUUAUGUCUGGACUUUUUCUGUUUAUUCUGACAAAUAUAAAUUCAGCUAAUACCAAAAUGUACGACUCGACUCAACUUUACUCAAAUACGAGGAUAAAUGGUGACACCAGCGAUGCUGCAAAAACUUACUCUACUUACCAGCCAUGGUUUGAAAAUCGCACUAAAGAACGAGAAACUCAUUCAAAUUGUAGCUAUAGAAACGUUAGUUUGUCAGAUAAGAAACUUCCAUUGACAGGAUUGGUCAGUUUUCCAGGAUCAGGAAAUACAUGGACACGACAUCUUAUACAACAAAUGACAGGCAUUGGAACCUCGAGCGUAUAUUGCGACCGGAAGUUGGAAGAGUCAGGGUUUCCAUUUGAAUGUUAUCAUGAGAGAAUGCGCCAGACAAUUCUCGUCAAAACACAUCAUAGAAAGUCUAUUCCGUUCUUUAAGAAGAUCGUGUUUCUUAUCAGGAAUCCAUAUGACGCAUUACUUUCUUUAGCAAAAUUCAAAAUGUCGGGACAUACGCAAAAUCCAUCUGCGUACAGACUUAGAGAAUUGAUUGAAAGAACGUUUGAGACGUUGUUGGAAUGGUACUUGGAUCUUGUUAUAAUGAUAUGUGAACAGUUUGAAGGACCAGUAUAUGUUCUCCAGUAUGAGAUGCUCAAACAUAAUAUGUCAUCAGAGUUAAAUAAAAUCUCGAAAUUUCUUGGAACAAAAGUGACUGAUGGUGAUAUUGAUUGUACUGUUAAACUACAAGAAGGAAAUUUUCAUAGAAACACUACUCAUAGAAAACAUUGUCAAUUACUUAACUUUAUUUACCAAGGAGAAAUUCUUUCUCGGAUACAAGAUACUGCGGUAUUUGCUGAAAAUAUGUUAAAUGCGGCAUACAAUCUAAACUUAAGCUUACGAGGCCCUGAAAAGAGAAUUUUCAGUUUGAGGUUAUGAUAUAGCUUUAACUGAACUAUAAUUAUCAUCUGUUUCAUGGUUAUAUAGUCUGCAUGUGCCAAUGCGUGCUUGUUAUACAUGCACAAAUACGGUAUUGCUUGCAAAUGUGAACUUAAAUAACGUAGAUGACAUACUAUCAUUUAUUAGUA